AUGGGCGGCGCGUUCCUGUGCAUCCUGUCCGCGGUCGUCAGCGGAACCCUGGGAUGGCGCUCCUGCAAUAACGAGCUGGUGGGAGCACUGUACUAUCGCUCCCUGGGCGCCUCCUCCUACUACGGCUUCUUCACGGCACCCCGCUUCGCCCGCCUCCAUGGCACGAGCGGCUGGUCCCCGCACCCCACGGACCGGCACCCCUGGCUGCAGAUCGAUCUGAUGAAGAAGCACAAGGUUCGCGCCGUGGCCACUCAGGGAGCCUUCAACUCCUGGGACUGGGUCACACGCUACAUGCUGCUCUACGGAGACCGCAUUGACAACUGGACACCGUUCUACCAGCGUGGGCACAAUGCGACGUUCUUCGGGAACGUGAACGAGUCGGCCGUGGUCCGCCACGACCUGCACUAUCCGGUCACUGCGAGGUAUUUCCGGAUCGUUCCCGUGGCCUGGAAUCCGAAGGGGAAGAUCGGACUCCGGCUUGGCCUCUACGGCUGCACCUACAAGCCCGACAUCCUGUACUUUGACGGAGACGACGCCAUCUCGUACCGGUUCCCGCGCCAGACCAGCCGGACCCUGUGGGACGUGAUCGCCUUCAGCUUCAAGACGGCCGAGCGGGAGGCGCUGCUGCUGCACAGCGACGGGGCGCAGGGCGACUACGUGACCAUGGAGUUGCACAACGCCCAGCUGCAUUUGCACAUGAGCCUCGGGGAGGGCAACAGCCCACACCACGCUAAGCCCGGCCACACGUCGGUCACGGUGGGCAGCCUGCUAGACGACCAACACUGGCACCACGUGCGCCUGGACCGCUUCGGACGCGACAUCAACCUGACCCUGGAUGGGGAGCCGUGGUACUUCUGGCUCAAUGGAGACUUCGAAAAACUGGACCUGGACACUGAGAUGUUUGUCGGAGGGCUGCUGAGCUCGGCCCGAAGGACCGUGGCCUACCGACAGAAUUUCCGAGGCUGCUUGGAGAACCUGAUCUUCAACCGAGCCAACAUCGCCGACCUGGCCGUGCGCCGGCACCCGCUGAUCCGCUAUGAGGGCAAGGUGCUGACGCGCUGCCUGGACCCGGUGCCCCACCCGGUGUCCUUCGGCGGGGCGCACAAUUUCCUGCAGGUGCCCGGCUUCCCGCGGCGCGACCGCCUGGCCGUCUCCUUCCGUUUUCGCUCUUGGGACUGGUCGGGCCUGCUGCUCUUCUCGCGCUUCUCCGACGGGCUCGGCUCCUUGGAGCUGAUGCUCAGCGAGGGCCAGGUCAACGUGUCCAUCCAGCAGACCGGCCGCCGCAAGCUCGAAUUCGCCGCAGGGUACCGGCUGAACGACGGUUUCUGGCACCUGGUGUCCUUCGCGGCGCGGGAGAACACGGCCGUCAUUACCAUCGACGACGCCGACGGCGCCGAGUUCCGCGUCUCGCACCCGCUACUGUUCCGCACGGGGACAUCCUACUUCUUCGGGGGCUGCCCCAAGCCGGCGGGCCAGUCGGGGUGUGUGUCCAACCAGACGGCUUUCCACGGCUGCAUGGAGCUGUUCAUGGUGGACGGCCAGCUGGUCAACCUGACCCUGGUGGAGAUGCGCCGCCUCGGCCGCUACUCCGAAAUCCUGUUCGACACCUGCGGCAUCACCGACAGGUGCACCCCCAAUCUGUGUGAGCACGGGGGCCGCUGCCUGCAGACAUGGGACGACUUUUACUGCAUCUGCAACCUGACGGGAUACAAGGGAGAGACCUGUCACCAACCCCUGUACAAGGAGUCCUGCGAGGCCUAUCGCCUGAGCGGAAAGACCUCGGGGAAUUUCACCAUCGACCCUGACGGCAGCGGUCCCCUCAAGCCUUUCACCGUUUACUGCGAUAUCCGAGAGAGCCGCGCCUGGACCGUGGUGCGCCACGACCGGCAGUGGACCACGCGGGUGACCGGCUCGAGCAUCGAUCGGCCGUUCCUGGCUUCCGUCCAGUACUGGAACGCGUCCUGGUACGAGGUUAUCGCCUUAGCCAACAGCUCCCAGUACUGCGAGCAGUGGAUUGAGUUUUCCUGCUACUAUUCCCGCCUGCUCAACACGGCCGGUGGCUACCCCUUCAGCUACUGGGUGGGCCGGGAUGAGGAACAGCAUUUCUACUGGGGCGGCUCGCGCCCGGGCAUCCGGCGCUGUGCCUGCGGGCUGGACCACAGUUGCGUGGACCCCGGGAUGUACUGCAACUGCGACGCCGACCAGCCCCUGUGGAGGACGGACAGGGGGCUGCUGACUUUCCUGGACCACCUCCCCGUCAUCCAGGUGGUCGUGGGAGACACCAACCGCACCAGCUCUGAGGCGCAGUUUUUCCUUCGGCCCCUGCGUUGCUACGGUGACAGGAACUCCUGGAAUACCAUCUCGUUCCAUACGGGCGCUGUGCUGCUCUUCCCCCCGAUCCGCUCCAACUACAGCCUGGACAUCUCCUUCUACUUCAGGACUUCGGCAGAGGGAGGCGUCUUCCUGGAGAACAUGGACGGGCCUUUCUGCAUGUGGCGCCGUCACUACCUGCGGCUGGAGCUCAACACCUCGCGGACCGUGGUCUUUGCUUUCGACGUGGGGAACGGAGAUGAGAGUCUGGCGGUGCGGGCGGACCAGGCCCCGUUCAACGACGACGAGUGGCACCGAGUGCAGGCCGAGAUCAACGUGAAGCAGGCGCGGCUGCGGGUGGAUCAUCAGGCCUGGCAGCUCCGGCCGCUGCCCCCGCAGACUUUCCUGUGGCUGGAGUACGACCGACCUCUUCACGUCGGUGCGGCGGAGCACAAGCGGCGGCCGUUUGUGGGCUGCCUGCGGGCGCUGCGGGUGAACGGGCUGACGCUGGACCUCGAGGCCCGGGCCAACGCCUCGCUGGGCACGGCCCCCAACUGCAGCGGCCACUGCGCCCGGCCCCGGCUCCCCUGCUCCAACGGGGGACGCUGCAUCGAGCGCUACAGCCACUACAGCUGUGACUGCAACCACACGGCCUUCGAGGGCCCCUACUGCAACCACGACAUCGGCGCUUUCUUCGAGCCGGGCACGUGGCUGCGCUACAACCUGCAGGCCGCCCUGCGCCUGGCUGCUCGCCAGUUCGCGGGGAUGCUGAGCCGUCCCCUCCCGGGCUACCAACCGGGCUACGUGCCGGGCUACGACACCCCGGGCUACGUCCCCGGCUUCCACGCGCCCGGCUACGGGCUCCCCGACUACCCGCGCCCCGGCCGCCCCGUGCCCGGCUACCGCGGGACCGUCUACAACGUCACGGGCGAGGAGGUGGCGUUCAGCUUCAGCACCCAGGCGGCCCCGGCCGUGCUGCUCUACGUCAGCUCCUUCGUGCGCGACUACAUGGCCGUGCUCAUCAAGGAGGACGGGACCCUGCAGCUGCGGUACCAGCUGGGCACGAGCCCCUACGUGUACCCUCUGACCACCCGGCCGGUCACCGACGGGCAGCCCCACAUCGUCAACAUCACCCGCGUCUACCGCAGCCUGUUCAUCGAGGUCGACUAUUUCUCGCUCCUGGAGCAGAAGUUCUCGCUGCUGGUGGACAGUCAGCUUGAUUCUCCUAAAGCCCUCUACCUGGGGCGUGUCAUGGAGACGGGCUUCAUCGACCCCGAAAUCCAGCGCUACAACACCCCCGGCUUCUCGGGCUGCCUGUCCGGCGUCCGCUUCAACAACGUGGCCCCGCUGAAGGCUCACUUCAGGCCUGAACCCGACGCCCCCCGAGAGGCUACCGAGGCCCUGCGCAUCCACGGCGAACUGGUCGAGUCCAACUGCGGGGCCAUGCCCCACGGGGCCCUGGAGGCGCCCCCAGAGCUCGACCCCUGGUUCAUGCCCCCGGACUUCCCGUAUUACCAUGACGACGGCUGGGUGGCCGUCACUGUGGGCUUCUUGCUGACGUUCCUGCUGUUGCUGCUGGCGGCGUCGCUGGCUCUGUUCUACCUGCACGGUCACCGCUAUAAGGGCUCUUACCACACCAACGAGCCCAAGGCUACUCAGGACUAUCACACCACCAGCAAGGCCAAAGCCAAGGCCCCGGCCCCGGCCCCGGGCCCGGCCCCAAACCCGGCCCCAAACCCGGCUCCAAACCCGGCCCCGGCCCUGCCGCCCAAGGACAAAAAUCUGCCCCAGAUCCUGGAGGAGUCGCGCUCCGAGUGACCCGCAGCGGGCAGGGCUGGAGGCCGGGCCGGGCCGGGCCUCCCGCCUCCACCGGCGUCAGGAACCUCCCAGGGUCCCGGGGCGGGGAAGGGAGGG